AUGGCCCCGGGCACCCGGGGGGCCCGUCAGAGCCGUCACCAGGGGGAAGCCAGUGGCGGUGUAGCUGCAGUCUUCUCCGCAGGACUCCACGCGGAGAGCGGGGCCGACGACCAGAGGCUGAUCUUCUACUACAUCCCCAACUACGAGAUCAACGUCGCGGCACCGGAGCUCACUGAGCCCGCCAACAGAGCCUCAUCAGAGGCAACCGAGACAUCCAAAGCAUCCGCGCGCAAGUGGCAUGGCGCGCUCAAGCGCCUGGUGGGGAUCGAGGGCAGCGACGCCAUUCACAUCUGCGCAGAGACCCUGGCGGAGUCGACCAUCGACCGCUGUUUCUGUUCGAUCGCGCCUUCCCAGAUGAUCCAGCUCGCCGUCACCUCUACCACCUUCUCCACCCCUGAGCUGCUGUCUCGCCGUCGAGUCAGCGACCAUGCCGCGGCCCUCGUCUCCUUCGCCAUGCGCGACCUCAAGGCCGAGAAGAACCAGCCGACCGCCCAGUAUAUUUUCAAGUCCCCUAUCUUCGAGCAGAUCGCGGAGAAGGUGUUCGCCCUCGCUGACCUCGACAAGAUCGCUCGCUGGCUGCCCGCCCCCUUCCGCGCACAUGCCAAAGCUCAAGACAUCCUCGACAUCAGUAGUGACCAGGUCAGGCUCACCGACCCGGCCUCGUUCGAGGAGUGGGCCAGCACCCUCUUCCGCCAAGACGCUGAUCAGCGGCGAGCUGCCAUCGACCUGGCCCGCCAGAGAGGCCGCCUCCCUCACGCUCAAGCCCGCGCUCAGUCCCAAGCACUACAUCGCCAGGUCCAGCUCUGGAGCCUGAUCAGCAAACGCUUGGUGCUUACCGGUGUGAAGACGACUACGGGGACUGCGACGGGACCGACCGAGAGAUUGCAGAUGAUCAUGGAGCAUUGGCAGCCUGUCUUCCAGGGCAAGAACGUGGACACUGCCUCGGCGGAGAGCUACCUCGACCGCUUCGUGCCCAAGACCGACUUCAACAUAUACCAGCCCCCCGACGACGACACGCUCAAAAGGUUCGCGAGCAUAUCCUCCUCCACUUCUCCUUGCAUGGACGGGCCCCCCCAUAUUGUUUGGUCCGCACAUGAGAAGUGCACGGAGACCCUCUGGCAGGUCAUGACCUGGAUGCUCGGCGGCGGCUUCUUCCCCGAUGAAGCCAACGCGACGGCCCAGGCAUUCCUUCCCAAAGGGGAAGAACCUGGCGACGCUGAGCACAUCGGCUGCCACCGUGACCCGUCCAAAGUCCGAGUCCUUGGGCCCCGGAACACCUCCCUCAAGAUCAUCAGCAGCACGAUGAACGUUGUGAUGGCCGCGGUGGCUGCCGACGUGGUCCCAGCAUCGCAGCGCGGGUUCGCCCGCCGCCGCAAUUUCGGCUACAGCAUCCUCGAGCUGGACGUCGAGAGCCGCAUCGCGUCCGCCGACCCCGACGCCAUGACCGAGCUGCCCGUGCUGGCGUCGCUGGACAUCGCUCAGGCCUUCCCGAGCUUCGCCCACCAGUUCAUCCGCCUCGCGCCGAAGGCAAUGGGCGCUCCUGAGGCUGUCCUGAACUUCUUCGACUUGAUGUACCACAACAUCCUCACCUUGGCGCCGCGUGCCGGCUCGGGUGUCCCGCUCUUCUACAUCCGCUCGGGCAUCAUCCAAGGCUGGGGGUGGAGUGGCACACUCUACGCGAUGGGCGCUGCCUGCUUCCUCCUCGACCUUGAGCAGGGUGUGAUGGCUCUCAUGGAAGACCUCGCGUGCCUCGCGCUGAAGCCUGCCAAGUGCCACAUCAUCCCACUCGCAGGCCCAGUCGAUGACGAGCUCGUGGACAAGCUGCGCAGCGCCCUGAUCGCGAUCGCCCCCCGCUUCCAGGGCCUAUUCUACGCGAAUGCCUUCCGGAAGUUCCGCUGGCGCACCAAGAUGUACAGUGCCAGCGACGCUCCCUCGAUAGGCUCCGCCCAGCUGUUCAAUAGUCGUGCUCUCCUUGUCCUCAGCUACCUUGCCCAGUGCGCUCUGCUGCCCCACGAGUCCUUCAAGGUAGAGAACUGGGUCAAUGCAUCGGUCCUCAGGUUCCCCAGUGGCGCGCUCUGGGUCAGGGACUGGCCGAGGCUGCGGGACUGGGGUGUGCGCGCCCCGCGGUCCACGCAGCUCGCGAUGAUUGCCGCGAUCGUCAGAGCCGCCACGUCCACCUUCCACAAGUUCCCCGAGAUCCGCGAGCGCCUCCACCAGGGCAUCGGCCAGCACGGGGAUGACCUGACCCUGCUGGGCGCGGCUCGGGCCGCACGGCAUCCCUCGCCGCCCUGGUGGAAGAUGCCGCCCUUUGUCGAGACGUUCCACCAGAUCGUGUCCGCGGAGUCGGACCACCGCUACCGCCCGCCCGCGCCGCUUGCCCCUGCCCUCGCGGCUGCGAGGGCGACGCUCGCAGCGGGCAAGCCAGCCCGCGUCCAGAGGCUGGCAUAUGCUGCUGCGAGGAGCGCGCAGGACGCGGACGAGAUCGGCUCGUUCCUGGCGAAGCGCAUUAUGAUCAAGCUGCCCGCCCUGGUGGACGUCUUCGAGAACGACCUCGAGGUGUUCGACAGGGUGAGAGCCGCGAUGAAGAAACUACCGCCGUCGUGGGCUGCUGCAUGGAUGAGGGCCCUCGCCCACGAGUGCGGGCGCAGGUCCUGCAUGUUCCAGUGCGCU